CACGACAACUCUGCCGUCUCACGGGUCGAGCGAGCUCCAGCGUCCCGGCGACGGUGCGUAAGCCGUUCCCGGCUGUUGCUUGGUUGUGGUCCCGGUUCUGCUCUAGGACGCGGCCUCCUUAGAGGCCCGUGCGCUCCCCUACUUCCUGCUCCUGCCCAGUUCCCGCGCUCGGUUUGAAGAUUCCGUCCCGCCCCGGAGGCAGAGCUCGUGUCCAGCCAGCCGCAGAGGAGCCACGGGUUCCGCCCCCCGCGAAAGUUUUGGAGGCGGAUUCUUUUUCAUCUGAGCCACCAGUUGUAAUUGACAGAAGUCGUACACGGGACAGGAUUUAGUCGUCCCAUACUCCUGAUCCAAUGAAGAGAAAAUGGGAAGCAACACUGAAGCAGAUUGAGGAACGAGCAUCCCAUUAUGAGAGGAAACCGUUGUCCUCGGUGUACAGACCGAGGUUGUCCAAGCCAGAAGAACCACCUUCCAUUUGGAAACUGUUUCAUCGGCAAACUCAGGCUUUUAAUUUUGUUAAAAGCUGUAAACAGGAAGUUCAUGUAUUUGCUUUGGAAUGCAAAGUGGGUGAUGGACAGCGUAUUUACCUGGUAACAACUUAUGCUCAACUUUGGUUUUACUAUAAAUCCCGAAGAAAUCUCUUACACUGCUAUGAAGUCAUUCCUGAAAAUGCUGUGUGCAAGCUUUAUUUUGAUUUGGAAUUUAACAAACUUGCCAAUCCAGGAGCUGAUGGGAAAAAGAUGGUUGCAUUACUCAUUGAGCAUGUUUGUAAAGCACUUCAAGAGUUUUAUACAGUUAACUGUUCAGCUGAAGAUGUUCUCAACUUGGAUUCUAGCACUGAGGAAAAAUUUAGCCGCCAUUUAAUCUUUCAGCUCCGUGAUGUGGCGUUUAAAGAUAAUGUUCAUGUUGGUAAUUUUGUGCGAAAAAUCUUGCAGCCUGCUUUUCACUUAAUUGCCAGUGAAGAUGAUGAUAUGACCCCAGAGACGACAGGCUGUGAAUUUACCCAUUUUUCUGAAACAGCAAGUGAACAAGGAACUUGCUCUAGUAAAAUGUCCACAGAUAACGACGUAGGAAAGAGCGGGACAUCGAAUUCAGAGAAACUGGGGAGGCUGGGGUCGGCUCAGCAAAGCAGUCCUGGUCUUUCGUUUUUAAUAGUGAAGAAUGACAUGGGAGAAAAGCGCCUUUUCGUGGAUCUAGGAGUUUACACAAGGAAUAGAAACUUUCGACUCUAUAAAUCAUCAAAAAUAGGAAAGCGUGUGGCUUUGGAAGUUGCUGAAGAUAACAGAUUUUUCCCUGUACAAUCGAGGGAUAUUUCGAAAGAGAAUCAGUACUUCCUGGCGUCUUUGGUCAGCAACGUCAGAUUCUCAGAUGCCUUACAAGUUCUGACGUGUGACACACCUCAAAGUAACCAGCGAGCCCCGUGUUUCAGUCGUGCCAGUACUUCAGAAACCAUUGAAGGUUUUCAGUGUUCACCUUACCCUGAAGUUGAUCAAUUUGUUCUCUCACUGGUGAAUAAAAACGGCAUUAAAGGAGGAAUUCGGCGGUGGAACUACUUUUUCCCAGAAGAAUUGUUGGUUUAUGACAUUUGUAAAUACCGCUGGUGUGAAAACAUUGGAAGAGCCCACAGGAGUAAUAAUAUCAUGAUUUUGGUUGACCUGAAAAAUGAAGUUUGGUAUCAAAAAUGUCAUGACCCUGUCUGCAAAGCAGAAAACUUCAAAUCUGACUGCUUUCCACUACCUGCGGAAGUGUGUCUUCUGUUUCUUCUCAAAGAGGAAGAGGAGUUUACAACAGAUACGACAGCAAACACUGAAACCAAGAGUCCUCAUGAACCAUCAUCUUCUGUGUGGUCAAAAGGGGAGUUUUCCAAUGCCGACUGGGAUAAUGGCAUUGAUGAUACCUACAUUUUGGAGGCCACAGAAGAUGCUGAAUUAGCAGAAGCUGCAGAGAACAGUCUUCUCGCUUAUAAUGGGAUGGAUGAAAUUCCUGAUGAACUACUACUAGAAGUAUUACAAGAGUAGCUAAUUAUGGACACUGACAUAACUAGGCUGUAAUCUACAUGAAGGCAGAUUCAGUACCAUUAUAGUAACUUAUUAAAUAAGCCUGUUAUAUCAGUUGUUUUAUUUAUCACUUCCAAAUCUUAUGUACUGAAAUAAACCAGUUUUAUUGAAAA